UCAAAAUGAGUUGCUAGUGAUGAGCAUUUCUGAGAGGAGUGUAGUGGACAGCGCAGUGCAGACCGACAGCGAUGCUUUGGAGGAAAAUUCUUGUGGUGAUCUCGCGGAUAAUAACUCUCAGGACUCGCCAGAUUUCGUUUCAAUGUCAAAUCAUAUAAACUCUAUUGACUAUUAUAAACAACAAAGUGAGAAACUGAAAAGUGACGUUGAAGAGUUGACAGCUGUCAACUCAUCUUUAAAUGAAGAACUGUUAAAACUCAAUAAGACUGUUGAUAGUUUGCUUCGAGUUGAUAAAGAGAAUGAUGAUCUUAAACUCAAGUUGAAAUUAUUAGUUGACAGAAAAAAUGAUCAUUUUAGUAGUAGUGAUAAAUGGGUUGAGGAUCAUAUAAUUGCUGACUAUUUUAGUAGCUUCAAUAAUAGUGUAGGUUCAAAUUUGAAUUGUUUAUUUUUCAGCCCUGCUAUAACUCAGCUACUCAAGGCUGGUACUGAAGAAAGUGUUAAGGACACAAUCCUUAACUCUUCAUAUGCUGAUUGUAAAUUUGUAUUUUUGUGUGUGAAUAAUGGUGAUAAUGUCGAAAGGCCUGAUGAUGGCAACCAUUGGUCCCUUCUAUUCAUUCACAGGGAGUGUCAUACACAUACAGCUAAAGCCUAUCACUUCGACUCUAUAUUGGGCAUAAAUAAUAAAUCUGCUCUGAAAAUUGUAAAUAAUCUAAAUAUAUCGGAGUCAUGUUAUAUGGAAGUCCCCUGCAUUCAGCAGAGGAACGGGUAUGAAUGUGGAAUCAAUGUUUUAAUUAAUGCAAAAUUUAUAUUGAAUUACUAUUGUGUGCCUGGUAUUGAUGAACCUUUUUCGGAUUGGUAUAUUGAGUCCAUGAAGAAUAUUAAUGUGAAUAAGCAGAGUGCUGGAGCUGCGCUUUUGACACCUCCUAGCUCUUCUCCUGUUCCAUCCCCCUCACUCACUCCAAAUUUUGCUCCAGCCCCGUCCGACUCACUUAUCCACUCACCCUAUUCAGUUGAAAAUAUGCGAUCAAAUAGUUCAAAGUCAUUACUUAAGCAUCCUAAAAAUUUCAAAUCCUCCACUAGCCUAGGAAAAUCCAAUUGUAAGGUGCAUUUUAAAAAUACAAGGAAGCCAAGAAAUUCAGAUCUAGAGACCAGCAGUCAUUCCAAGCAUUCUGAUAGUGGUAGUAAAAUAAGAGUACAUCACUAUGCUGAUAGUCAGGGAAGAGAUGUCUGCAAGUUCAUUAGGAAUAACAACAACUACAGGUUCACUUCUUUUGUAAAACCAGGGGCCAAGUUCCAGGACGUCUUGCCGGAUGAUUUGGAGAAUUUUGGUGAGAGAGACUUCCUUGUAAUUCAGGCUGGCUCCAAUGAUAUAAGUAAGAAUGAGGCCAAGGAUGUGCUGGUGGCAGUGCGGAGGAAUUUGGCGGCGCUGUAUAAAACAAAUGUUUUUGUUUUUUCUAUUCCUCACCGUUACGAUUUAGCUGACUGGUCCUGUGUUAAUGUAGCAAUAGAGGAGACUAACAGAGAGAUUAUGAGAAUUUGUAACUUGUUUUCACAUGUCAAGUUCAUAGAUAUAGGUAAAAUAGGACGAAGAUUCUUUACAUCGCAUGGCAUGCAUCUGAAUGGCUUUGGUAAGAAAUAUGUUAGUGACAGGAUUAGCAAGUCUUUGGAAAGCCAUCUCUCGGAUUCGAAUUCGUUUUCACCAAUUUCUCUUCCAUAUGGUCCUUUUUUAGAAGAGAAGAUGGGCUCACAUCCAAGCCAAACUGUAGACUUAAUGGUAUGAAUAUUUUUCAUUGGAACGUGCAAUGCAUUAGAAA